AUGCCGGUGAGUUGUCUAUCAGUAUUGAAACUCUUCCUCCAUGCUAACUAUCAAUUAGUUGCGGUGGCACCAGACGUUCCGAUUGUUAGUCAACGACAGGCGUACCUCGAGAAGCCCUCAGAAUCUCCGUCGUCUGCAGCAAUGCCAUCCGCGAUCUCUAAAGCUCAAGAUCAGGAUAAGCCUGAGUUUCUAUGCUCUCGUCCCCGCAAAGCAGAGGAUCCGGUCCCAGUUACUCUUCUUCACCCUAUCUUUGCCGAGUUCGUGGAUGAUUGUCGAGACUUAAAACCGACUCAUCACGAUUAUCGCUUUGUUCGGGAACUUUCGGAGAAGAUGUGCAUUUUCCCUCCGGACGAGAAUGCCCGUAUGGAUGUAUUCAGGACACAGCUCGCUUAUUUCUAUCCGCAUGUAACCCUCUAUGCUGCUGCGGUUGGCGCAAAAUCAUAUAGGACAGAUUGUCAUUUGAUAAUUGGUGGCAAGUUUGUGGCAGUGAUAGUGGAAGGGAAGAAAGAGAUCGGAGGCAGUGGUGCUGAACCAUUUGUGGAAGCCAUGUGGUAUCAGCGCCAGUUCAUGAAAAUCCUGAACAAUACAGAAUUUGACAUCGCGGAGCGUCGAUCUGUCUUCCCGUGUUUUCACAUCAUUGUAUUUGGCACUUGCAUCAGUAUUGUGGGCUCUGUUCUUACUCGAAAGGUUCAGUGCAAUAUCCUGGGGCCAAUCAUUCCAUUAUUUUGGCAUUCAAUGGACGACUCUAUGCAAUCCACGGCAGCUCGUAUGUUCGCCGCUUUAAAUCUUGCCAUCACCAAACUCGCAAAACUGUACUCUGCCCAGAUUCCACUUCUUACACCCCAAGAUUCGCCUCUUGAUUGUCCAUAUCCACAGGACUACGACAAUGGCACUCAAUACUUCUCAUAUUAUCACAGUCAGCCCCUCCGACAUCACCGUAUCUUCUUCGAGGAAACUUCCAUUGGUGAGAAGAUUUGUAUCAAAUACGUCAAACGGUACUUGCCUGAGGCUCACCAGUUCUGUGCCAAGGAGGGACAUGCCCCAAGACUCAUUGCAUAUGAGUCGUUACCCGGUGGAUGGAAUAUGGUGGUGAUGAAUGUCCUUCCGAUUCAUAAUGAUCUGUCCUCGCGAUCAACCAGUGCAUACCAACAGUUCAGUCAGAUACCUGCUGCUGAAUGCGGACCGCUGGAAAAAGCAGUCACUGAUUUCAUCCAUCAGUUUCACAAGAAGGACUUCAUUCACGGCGACCUCCGUGGCACCAACCUCUUCCUAUUAGGUGACAACUUCAUGCUCCUUGACUUUGACUGGUCAGGUAGGAUUGGCAACACCCAUUAUCCUAUGCACGUCAAUUGCAAGGGCAUCCAUCGUCCUUUUGAUGCGCGUGACGGGAAUGAGAUUAAGGUGGUGCAUGACUUGGAGAUGCUGCGCCAUGUGUUUCAUCCUGAGGAGGUUGCUAUGGGGGCUCCCUGCGGCUGGUGA